GCACGGAGCGUUCUUUGGAACUUCCGCAUAAAGAUAAGUCAGCCCGUGAACUUCCGGUGGAACGUCAUUUGAUGUUGUGGUACUUUUAGGUUAGUGGGCGGCACCUUCAAAUCCAACUCCUUGAGACUCUAGUGGUUUAUAGAUACAGUUUGAACUAGAACUUAUUUAUUUAAUUUAUUAUUUAUUCAAUAUCUACGUGAAAAUAAAGUAAUAACUUAGGUUAACGGAAAUGAAAAAGGCAUUUAAAUUUCAGCGCUGUGAGGGAACGUCAGCUGAGCACUGUUGUGUCCCUCAGUGUUCGUCCUCAGCGAAAUUCAACUCAGUUAUAAGUUUUCAUACUUUCCCUUCAGACGUACAACAGCGAAAGAAAUGGAUAAUAAAUAUAAAAAGAGACAAUUUUAUUAUAUCUCACCAUACACGCGUGUGUAGUCGGCACUUUGUGCCAGAAGAGCUCAAGGAGCCUGCUGAAGUCGGAGGGAGGCGAAGGCUGAAGUCUGGUGCCGUACCUGUACUGUUCCCUUGGAAUAAUUACUCUCUUGGAGAGAGAAGGCUUGGAGUUUGGGAAAGGAGAACGAGACCAGAGAGUAUGGAAACUGGGGAAUAUUAUGAACGUAUAUCUACCAACGACCACGAUUACAGCGCAGCACCGCAGCCCGCGUUUGUUGACUUGGUUCUGGAAGAAAACGAAAGGCUUCGCGAAGAAAUCGACCAUGUGAGGCAGCAGAUGGAACAGAUGUCACUCAAACAGCGUUUUGGGCUUCAGCGAUUUACCGGUUCUGACAGUGAUAUCCGUUUCUAUACCAGGUUUUCAUCUUAUGAUCAUCUGAUGCGGUUUUGGCAGGUUAUUGAACCAUCACUGAGAUUCAUGGUUCGAGUAACCAGAGCAGGAACUGCAAACAUUGAAUCUGAAAAGCAAAGUGCUUCCAUGUCCUUACAGGCAAUAGAUGAACUGUUCCUCUUCCUGAACUACCUUGCUCUUGGUCUGAAGCAGAGGGACCUAGCUGAGCGGUAUGGGGUGCAUCAAUCUACUGUAAGCAGAAUCAUUCUGACCUGGAGCAAUUUCCUGUUCUCUGUUCUUGGUUCACAAUGCAUUUGGAUGACUCAAGACAAAAUUAAGGAACACUUGCCAUCAGAGUUUGAAGACUACCCAGACACCACCACAAUUCUGGACUGCACCGAGCUCCGGUGUCAAACACCCUCCUCCCCUUUACUUCAGAGUGAGGUAUACUCAAACUAUAAGUCCCACUGUACCCUGAAGGGAAUGAUUGGCAUGGCCCCCCAUGGCGCUGUAACCUUUGUUUCCUCCCUUUUUGCCGGCUCAGUAAGUGACAAACAGAUCUUUGUAGAGUCAGGUAUUCUUACUCUGCUUAGGCCAGAUAUGGCAAUUAUGGUCGACAGAGGCUUCCUUGUGGAUGACUGUGUGCCCUGUAAGGUGUACAGGCCUGCAUUCCUCGCUGGGAGACCUCAGAUGCCAAAGCACGAGGUCAGGGAGACCCAAUCUAUUGCACAUCUCAGAGUGCACAUUGAGCGCCUAAUUCGUAGACUGAAGGAAUUUAAAUUCUUUGAUACGGUCAUCCCCUUAAACAUGUUUGGGAGCAUAAAUCAGCUUUAUGCAGUUGCAUGCCUACUGUUAAAUUAUCAGAGUGGGCCACUUGUAAAAGCUUGGGCUAAGUAAAAGUGCCUCUUGUUUUUAUCCUCUCUUAAUCCUUGUAAAUAUCUUAAACAUGCCUCUAGAUUUCUUCUCUGUAUAUAUCAUUCAUCUCAUA